GAAUAACCUACAAAAUAAAUUGACAAUUUUAAAAAUUAAAAUCUAAGUUGAAUUUAUAUUUAUAAUGUCCAUAAUAUUGGUUUGUAGAAGAGUAUUAAAUAGUUAUAGCAGAUCAAAUAUUUUAAAUAUAGUUAAUGGCUGUAAACUACAUUCUAAUGGAUCUUUUUUAUAUAAAAAUAACACCUCUUUAAUCUCAAAAAGAUCGUUUUUCAACUUAUUCAGAAAACCAACCAGAGAUAAGCUAUAUGUUUUGGAUAAUGUUCCAGAUCAUUUUGAAAUCAUUCAUAGGAAUAGAAUGGAGCGGUAUAUCCUAGUUACCCGCUUAGGAACGUGGAUUACAUCUAGUAUAGUUUUCGUCUUUAUAAUACUUAAAUAUGGCUCUCCCAAGAAUCAUAUGGAGUUUAUAGGUAGUCGCACAGAUGUACAACGGUCAUCUCAAAAUGAAUUUGAGAUUUAUCUAGCAAUGUUUACGGGACUUAUUGUAACGUUGCACUUAUUGAUUAUGAAAAUGCCCCUAAGGAUAUACUAUUCGUCCCCGCUUAAAAAGUAUACUAUGAUAGUACCCUCCCAUCUACCAUUCGAUAAUAAACGAUUAAGUUUCACGAUAGGGCAGCUUCAGAAACUACCAAUGACUGGAAUAUUACCAUGGAGAGAUGCCAGAUAUAGGAUAAAGUAUGAAAAUGACGAAAAGAGUUUGAUAUUGAUGGAAGAUCAUUUCAGGAAGCCUGCUGACUUAUGGAUUAUGUUAGGAGUUCAAAGGGAUCCUAAUCAUGAGCAAGAAUAAAGUUAGUUUUAAAUUGUACCAUAUUUGUUUUAAAUAAAAUAAUUUAUUAUUA